GGCAAGGCGGGGGGCGGGAAGAGAACCGGAGACACAACAAACAUGGCGGUGGCGGCUGCAACGGUGACGAAGACGGCGGCAGCGACGGCGAGUGCAGCGGCGUUGAACAAGGCAGUGGGGGUUACUCGGUGCGGUUGUCAGGAGACUUCUGUAUGGCUUUUGAAUUUUAGUUGAAAUUCCCUCCAUGGCCUUUUGGAGUCCCUUGCUGUGUCUCCAGAGUAAAUUUCUCUUACUCUACAUUUCAUCAAUGUUGGAGUGGCAAGAAAAAGGUGGAACUGAUUUGGGGUGAAAAGGGAUUGAACUCAGGACCUUGCACUUGCCAGGCAGAAGCUUAUGCCACUGAGCUAUAUCCCCAGCCCCCUUUCAUUGGUUCUUAAAGAUAUCAUGGGUGUUCUCAUAAAAGCAUAAUGAUCUAGAAUACUGGCAUAGUCAAGGAUUGGUUUAUUUCCAGAUGAUUUCUUAGGUAUAACAGAUUUUAAACUUAAAAAAAGGCAAAGAUGGGUGAAAAGAAACCAGAACCUUUGGACUUUGUGAAAGAUUUUCAGGAAUACCUGACUCAGCAGACCCAUCAUGUGAACAUGAUUUCUGGAUCAGUUAGUGGGGACAAAGAAGCAGAGGCUCUUCAGGGAGCUGGAACAGAUGGCGAUCAAAAUGGACUUGAUCAUCCAUCUGUUGAAGUUUCUCUGGAUGAAAACUCAGGAAUGUUAGUAGACGGGUUUGAAAGGACUUUUGAUGGGAAGCUCAAGUGUCGGUACUGCAACUAUGCCAGCAAAGGAACAGCACGGCUUAUCGAACACAUUAGAAUCCAUACAGGUGAAAAACCUCAUAGAUGUCACCUGUGUCCAUUUGCAUCUGCUUAUGAACGUCAUCUGGAAGCUCAUAUGCGUUCCCAUACUGGAGAAAAACCAUACAAAUGUGAAUUAUGUUCCUUCCGCUGCAGCGAUCGAAGUAAUUUGUCCCACCAUCGAAGACGCAAGCAUAAAAUGGUGCCAAUUAAAGGUACUAGGUCUUCCUUGAGCAGCAAGAAAAUGUGGGGGGUUUUACAGAAGAAAACAAGCAAUCUGGGGUAUAGCAGAAGAGCACUAAUCAAUUUAAGUCCACCUUCCAUGGUGGUUCAGAAACCAGACUACCUUAAUGAUUUUACCCAUGAAAUCCCAAGUAUCCAGACGGACUCCUAUGAAAGUAUGACGAAAACUACGCCAGCUGGUGGCCUACCAAGGGACCCCCAAGAACUCAUGGUUGACAACCCUUUAAAUCAGCUCUCCACUCUCGCAGGACAGUUGUCCAGUUUGCCACCUGAAAACCAAAACCCUGCAUCCCCUGAUGUAGUCCCCUGCCCUGAUGAAAAGCCUUUCAUGAUUCAGCAGCCUUCUGCCCAAGCAGUGGUUUCUGCUGUGUCAGCAAGUAUUCCUCAGAGCUCCUCUCCCACAAGCCCUGAGCCUCGGCCAUCCCAUAGUCAGAGGAACUACAGUCCAGUGGCAGGUCCAAGCAGUGAACCAAGUGCCCACACCAGUACUCCCAGCAUAGGAAACAGCCAGCCAAGCACUCCAGCCCCAACUCUGCCGAUCCAGGACCCUCAGCUUCUGCACCACUGCCAGCACUGUGACAUGUACUUUGCAGACAAUAUCCUUUACACUAUUCAUAUGGGAUGUCAUGGGUAUGAAAAUCCUUUUCAGUGUAAUAUAUGUGGAUGCAAAUGUAAAAACAAGUACGAUUUUGCCUGUCAUUUUGCAAGAGGGCAACAUAACCAACACUGAAAACAAUCAGAUUAUGUUUUACUUGGUUUGGCUUUUUGGGGGUUUGUGGUUUGGUUUUUGUUUUUGAUCAUCCCUCAUAAGGUAUGUACUAAUUUAAAGUUUAUAUAUACUAUAUUUAUAAAAUUUAAAUUUGACAGUGGGAAAAAUUUUUUCUUCCCUUUAUUUUCCAUAAAAGUCUGGCCACAAUCUCUUAUGUAUUAGAAUAGACACAUUUAUAUGUAUUUUUUCCUUUCAUUUAGAUACUUAAGUAUACAAAUACAGUCAAUCUUAAUAGGUAUUCAUUUAAAUUUCCCGCAUACAUGGACAAGGUUUAUCCAUACUCUUGAUAUUUUCAAUAGAUACGUUACUGAUAGAUUCUGAUUCUGCCAUAUUUUACAAUGGCAGAAUAAAUCUGUUACAGCUUACUUCAGUGUUGGUAGAGAAAUUGCCUUUAAGUUGCUCCUAAUUGAAAUACUAGUUUGUACACCUUAAGUUGAGUCAGUACUUUCCUUUCAGCUGAUAACAGUAAAGUUAUUUCAAGUUAGUUAAUCUUGAAUUUUUCUAUAAAGGGAAAUGUGAAACAAUACUUUUAAAAUUAAAGUUAUGAAAAUACAUGAAAGUUCUGAAAAGAAACUCAAGAUUCUAAAUUGAAAUUGAGUUUAAUAUCUAAAAUACCUGCUUACUCAAUGUCUAAACACUUGUCAGUUUUCCAUUGAAUUUAUUUCAUUUCUUUUUAAAAAUCAUAGUUAAAAGAUAGUAGAGUGCUAGAUGCCUUUUUUCAUUUUAAACUUUCCAACUAAAUUCAUUUUGAUGUUAUUAGUGUCAGGUGAGGUUGGUAACUAUAGUGAGAAACUGUUACGCUCCCUAUUCUUUUGAUGACCAAAGAGGUACUAUGGAAGUUAUCUGUCUUUAUUAUUAAGAUUCAGUUUUUCAAAAAAAUCUCCAUUUCCCUUUUGUUGCCUUCUAAGCGUUUAUUGCCCCUAAUUUCUAAGAAAAUAUGGGUAUAGAAAUACGUGGGGAAAUGUGAUAGUAAUACAGUAAUAUGUGUCCAGAACACAUCCUGGUCUCCUCUUCAGAGUUGGCCAUUUAAAAUAUUUUCUGUGAAUUCAAAUUGUAAUUCUUACUUGCAGUUCUCCCAGUUUCCAUGUGCAGUGACAAUACUUACUAUAUGGAAACUGUGACUGAAUCAUCAUCACUUUAGUAGGGAAGAAUUAAAAAGUAUGAAAAUGAAUAUAAAAUGCUUUUAAACAUGUCAUUUGUUUAUAAAAGGCUUGCUAAACCUAGAGUGAUUCAUUUUGAAUAGGACGCUAUUGUUUUUAUAUUAUGUAAUAAACUAGCUUACUCUGAAGAGAGUUUGGUUAAACAAUAAAAUAUUGUUACUAACUUGG